UCCUUUAGCUCUACCGUGGCUAUCAAGAAAAUCAAACCCUACCAAUCUUCCUUACCCUUUCAUUCUCUCUCUUUCUCAAAACCCCCCAAAACCCAAAAAUUACAACUACUAACCAUAACCAUGAAAAUGAGAAACAAAGGUAAAGUUCAUCCUUCUCCUUCUUCUUCUUCUUCUUCUUCUUCUUCUUCUUCUUGUACUUCUUCAAACAAAGACGACGACAACAACAACAACACCCUUUCUAUACUAAACCUCUUACCUGCAACUAUUCUUGCAAUAGCUUCAGUUCUUUCACUUCAAGAUCGUGAAGUAUUAGCUUACAUGGUUACUAGGUCAAUGAAACAACCCAUUACUACUACUUUUUCCAAGAAAAAAAUCAUUUCCCACAAAACCCCACUUUUUGACUGUGAAUGUUUUGAUUGUUACACUACUUAUUGGCUUAAAUGGGAUUCUUCACCUAAUAGGGAGUUAAUCCAUCAAGUUAUUGAAGCUUUUGAAGAGCAUUUGAACACAAAUGAACACAACAAGAAUCAUCGCAACAACAAGAAAAAAGACAAAAAAGGGCAUUCUUUUGUUAUUAUUCAAGAAGAGAAACAAAAAAUAAUAUUGCCUGAGAAUAUUCAAGAAGAUGAUGAGUUCGUUCAUGUUUCGCCGGAAAAUGACGUGGCGGUGGAGGAGCUGCCGGAAAAUGACGUGUUACGGCGGAGCACGGCGGCGAGUGGUGGACAUAAGGGGUUAGCUAGAAAGGUGUUACCGGAUGUGUUAGGGUUAUUUAAUUCACGUUUAUGGAACCUUUGGAGUCCGAAUGUGUAUUAGUUUUCUCAAAUUUCAAGAAAAGAGAAAAUUGGAGUUUUCUUUUUUAAAAAAAGAAAAGGAGGGGUAUGUGCAGAGCUCCUUUAUUGUAUUGCCAAUUUAUUUCAUUGGUUUUGUUAAUUUUUGAAAUUUUUUGUUGGCUGGUACUGGAAGUCAUUUUCUGGUUAGAUGGUAUGUAUGUUAUAUUACUGCAA